UUCAAACCGCACAUUCAAAAGUACCUACUUCGAAUCCCACCAUCUCUAACGGUCUACAAAUACUUUCAACUCCUCUCUGUUGUGCAAAAAUCUGAAAUUGUUAUGGCUACUCAACCACAAAAUCGAUGCGUCACACCAACUCAACUACAAACCCCAGCCAAGGAUCGUCACAAUCCCACCUCAAUUGCCCAGGUCAGAGUGAUCGUACGACUCCGGCCCUUUCUCUCUCAUGAAGUUUCUUCGAGAAAUGAACACCCCAUCUCCUGCGUCUCUCUCCACACCUCUUCCUCAAAUGAAGUCUCUGUUCUUCUCAAAGAUCAAGAAACCAGUCGAAAUGAGUGCUACAGUUUGGACGGCUUUUUCGGGCAGGACGACAACAAUUUGAGCCAGAUUUUCGAGAGGGAAGUGAAGCCUUUGAUUCCAGCAUUAUUUCAGGGCUAUAACGCCACCGUCUUUGCUUACGGUGCCACCGGUAGCGGGAAGACGUAUACGAUGCAGGGGAGCGAGGUGCUGCCUGGUAUAAUGCAUCUUGCAGUUGCGAGCAUAUUGUCUGAGAGCAAGUGUAUGGGAAGUAGCAUUGCAGUAUCGUACUAUGAGAUAUACUUGGACAGAUGUUAUGAUCUAUUAGAUCCUAAAGAAAAGGAGAUCAUGAUCUUGGAUGACAAGGAUGGACUGAUGCAUCUGAAGGGACUGGCUCAAAUUGAAGUGAACUCAAUCGACAAGUUUCAUGAGAUUUUCGACUCUGCACUCCAAAGACGAAAAGUUGCAUGCACGGGUCACAAUGAUGUAUCAAGCCGUAGCCAUGGCGUGCUAGUGAUUACUGUAUCCACCCCUUCCCAUGAAUCAAUGAGAAAUAAUGUCACUGGAAAACUUAACCUCAUUGAUUUAGCAGGUAAUGAAGACAACAGGAGAGUUUGCAAUGAAGGAAUUCGACUUCAAGAGAGCACUAAGAUCAACCAGUCACUUUUUGCACUGUCUAAUGUGAUUUAUGCACUCAAUAACAGCAAACCAAGAGUGCCAUAUAGAGAUAGCAAAUUGACACGCAUAUUGCAGGAUUCUCUUGGAGGAACAAGCCGUGCCCUUAUGGUGGCUUGUCUGAAUCCAGGAGAGUACCAAGAAUGUGUUCAUACAGUUAGCUUGGCCGCAAGGUCUCGCCAAGUUUCCAAUUUUGUAUGUCCUACUCACAAAAAGGCCAAUUCAAGCAUGAAAGUUGACAUGGAGGCAAAGCUCCAGGCAUGGCUAGCAUCGAAAGGCAAAACGAAAGGUGGUCAGAGGAUAUACAGUUCUCCGUUUCACGCUAGAAGUCCUUGUUCAGUGAAACCUAUAAGGAAUCUAUUUAAUGGUGGAGUUCACAGUGAUUAUAAAAGGGAGGUUCAAAACCUUGCUGCUGCAGAAACUAACCAAGAAAAGCUUCCUGUACCAGUAGUUUCUGUAGAUGCAUCGAAAUCAAAUCCUGCUGAUGAUUUACGAUCUGGGAGGGAAACAACAGCAAACAAAUGUGUCAAUGCCAUUAGCCUGUCACCGGCAAAUGAGAAAAUCGGAGCACUUCAGAAGCCCCAUCGGGAGGUCCUCUCACCAAUUCACUCCAACAUUGAGAGCUCGAAUUUUGUUUCUUCGGAUCCAAAGACUCCUAAAUUACGUGCAGUAACAUGUGAUGGAGAAAAUAGCAUCGAUGAGUAUGGCACCCCACUUGAUAAAAUUACUGCUCGGAGCUCCAGCUUAAAGGCAUCUCUUCUCCAGGAUUACAUAGAAUUCUUAAAUGCAGCUAGCAGAGAGGAGCUAAUGGAGCUAAAGGGUAUUGGGCAAAAGAUGGCUGAUUACAUCAUUGAGCUGAGGGAAACAAGCCCUUUAAAAUCUCUAGGCGACCUCGAGAAGAUAGGCCUUUCCUCAAAGCAGGUGCAUAACAUGUUUGGAAGGGCUGCAAGAGGACUACUUGAGAAUCUCAUACACAACGCCUAGUUGUCAGUUUACUCGAUCCAAAGCUGCAAAGGCAACAUUUGCCCUUCCCCCUGCUAGGUGCUUUGUGUGUUAUAGAAUUUGAGUGUUUAGAUGCAUUUGUCUAUGUAUCAAUUAGGAAUUUAGAUGCAUGUUACUAGAAUAACAUGUAGUAGAUGUUAAUAGAUUAACAUGUUGCAUGUUUGUGGCUUUAACUUUCUAAGUUUUUCCAUCCCUACUUUUCUUCUCUUUGUAAUUUAUUUUUAUUGUGGCACUUGAAUGCAUCACUUUUGGGUUGUAACGACCAA